AUGAGAGAAGGAGUAGGACGGAUACUCGUCAGUGACGAUACGGCAACCCCCGCCGAAACGAACUUUGAAAGGUUUGUGGAUGCUAUUAUGGGUCUCGCCUUUUUGAUUACGGCCAUAUUUGCAGCAAAACGCAUGACUUGGACGAGGCAACAAGGAGGAGCGGAAACCACAGUGGUCACUGCCUUUUACUCCUUGAUUUUGUUGACAUCUGUCCUCCGAGCCAUCUUUUUCUUGAUUCCUGCCACGGUCUGGGUUCCGAGCUAUGUGCCCGUAGCAGUCUUUGCCUGGGAUCCAGAUUAUCCAUCAUGGAUUGGAGCAGCUCUUUCAGAAUUUGUCCUCAUGUCUGGAUCCCUGGCACUGUUCAGUAUCUUUAUUCUCAUUUUGGUGUACUGGGCGGAUAUCUUGAAGAAGUAUUUCCAUCCUGCGUCACGGCGUUCGAUUCCAAUGGUGACCUUUUUGGGAUUAGUGGCACUUUUGGUGGUUCUGGAACUUAUCAAUGCUGGAUGCUUUUUGUUUGGAUUGUACACUACGGAAGGAAUGAUUCUCUUCAACUCUGUCUUGUUGGCCGCGGUAUCCAUCAUCUGUGUCUGUGAGAUUACCAUCUUCUCGCAUCGCUUCCGAACAGUGUUGAAAACAUUAGGAGCCAUCAAUCAAGUGUCUACCGACAGUCAGGUGAAGAGAAUCCGCUGGAUCACAGUCACAGGGAACUUGUUUUUCUUUACUCGGGCAUUCUUAGAAAGUGUCUUGUGCAUUUACUUGGUCCUUUGGUGGAAGGAUGAACGUACUGUUGCUCGAACGUUCAGUCACUUUUGGUGGGAUACCUAUGUCAUGACAAAAUCCUUCUCGGAGAUCACCAUCUUGUCGCUCAUGUUGUAUAUUCUGCAAUCGAGAUUUGCGGGGGCAGCUGUGGCAGCGGCACGUCCAUCACCUGCGGAGUAUGUAAGUGUUCCAAAUGCAGAACCAGAAAAGGGGGCAUCCUUAGAUGUUUAG